AUGGCGGCCAAGAACCAGUCAGGACAGUCUUCUUAUGAGCCUCUCCCCAGAGAGGACCCCGCAGCUGCGCUGCUGUCACCAUCCGAGCGGGAGGAUAGAGACGAUGGGAAGACGCCCGUAUUCAGACUCUCUUUCUCACCUAUUCUGUUGUUACGAUUGAUGAUUGUCCCUAUCGUCAUCACCGAUGUAGUUUUUAUCUGCAUGCCGCGGAGCUCCCCAGGAUCAACAGCCGCAUUCGCAAUGGGUGGAAUCUUCUUGGUUAUGUGGCAUGCGUCCCGUGUCUUCAAGAGCCUCCUCCCCGGCAGGAAGAGCAACAAGUUCGACCUCAAGAUCGGAAACUUUUUCUGCACCAUUGGCACGACUUCGCUCGCAUCACGGACAAGCCGUGGAGCGUGGACUUAUCUUGUCAGCGCUAUCGACUUUUCUUUUGGUCUUUUCUUCAUCGGACCCAGUGUCCUGUCCUUCACUGCAUAUAACUGGUAUUAUGAAGACAAUGUUUCGGGUCUGAGUCUUACUGUUGUGAUCAUGCAGUCGGCCAUCGCUGUUCUCAACCUGAUCAGUCUUUUCCGCAAGAUGAAGAUCGUUGUCUACAGGGGCGAGGACGAUGAGGACUACCUGUAUUCGAUCCCUGACCUCGAUGUCUUCCGAGAUGAAGUUUCUGAGCCCCGCGACUCGAUGGCUUCUGAGGUCUAG